AUGAUUAAGAGACUCCUUUUGGUGCAGGCUGCGAUAAGCCUUGUGAUCGUUUGCUCCACGAAGAAGUUAAAGAAUGAAGAACAAAUCCUCCGAACAAGGUGUACUAGUCUGCUGAAGGGUGUGAAAUACAAAGCGCACAAAAGAGCGUUUGUACAGACAAUCAGCGGGUCUUUAAAAAAGGAGAAGUACAACACACGGAAAGCACACUCGACAAAUGAAAUUCUCAUUUUUGAUUUGAGCAAAAAACUUAUAAAUUACAAACUCGCUUUUGAACUGCAAAACUGGUUGCAUCAAUCCAAAAUUAAUUUCCAAAGUGGAAACAAAUUUCCCAUACAUUCGAACACACCUAAAUUCGUGAAAGCUAAAAUUGAGAGGUUUGAAGAAAAUCUUAAGAAAUAUGAUUUUUGCUUCAUUCUUCAGCAUACUCCAUGCUACACCUUAGGAAGCUCAGCACACCUGGGUGACAUCCUUCUGGAUAAAAGGAAUUACUACAUUGAGGAAUUAGGGGAUAUGUACAACAACUUCGACGAAAGGACUCUUUUCCAAUUUGUUAAUAAACACGAAUAUAUUAAAAGCGAAAUAGAUGAGAGUGAAAAUUAUGAUGAAGGGAAAAACUAUUUUGACAGGUUUUCACAAAAUGGAAAUAAAGUCAAAAUGCCGAUAUAUCGUAUUAACAGAGGAGGAAAGGUAACAUAUCAUGGACCGGGACAGCUAAUCUUGUAUUUCAUUUUAGAUUUAAAAAGGUAUCCCUGUAACUAUAGCGAAAGGGGGGGGUCCCAUUUGUCCCAACGUAAGGAUGAUUACGAGGGGGAACAAUAUCAAAUGGAAGAACACAAUGAGGAAAGGCUUCCACACUCAUGCAACACUAACCUCAACAAAAAGACAGAAAGCUCGUUUGACCUACACAAAACAGUAAAUAAUAUACAAAAGGUUGGAGUCGAAAUUCUGGACAAAUUUAAAAUAAAAGCGCAUACUAAGGAAAAUUCCAUUGGCGUUUUUUACAAAGAUAAAAAGCUCAUUUCAAUCGGUGUGAAAAUAAGAAAAUACAUAUCCAUGCAUGGAAUGGCUUUAAAUUUCAACCUUGACAAGAACUUUUUGAAAUAUUUACUGCCCUGCGGCAUGAGUCACACUGAUUACACCUCAAUGCAUGAGCUGGAUGAAGUUAAAAUUAGAGAGAGAAGAAGAACAGGAGUCAGCCGGAACCCUGAACGAGAAAGAGAAAUGGCUAUCUCCUCCACACUGCUCAACGAAUUGGCACUUAACUGCGCACACUCGCUAGGAAGAAUUUUUAAUGCCAAGGUGAAGAUUUCGAGCGAUAUAGGUGAGGUUUUUGCUUAA